CGCGGUCCGGUUCCUCUCCUCCUGCUGCGAAUGCGAUCCCUGCCCUGCUCCCCGUUCUAGAUUAAUUGCCUUUAGUUAUUCCCUUCCCCUCGGCUCGCGUGUUAAUCCACGGAUUAAACUCGCACCUGCCCUCCUCGUCCUUGACACACUGAACGAGUGCCCGCCUGCCCGGAGCAGAACCAUUCUCGCCCUCUCCCUCUGGCCUCUGCCUCCGCCUCCGCGGACGAAACCGCCGGCUGGGUCCAAGUUUAGCGCGUCGGACCCUCGCUCCCCAAUCUCAGAGCAAUGGAGGUGGAGGCGGCGGGGCCGGAUAAGCUGGCGCCUCCCUCGCCGGUGGAGGGCCCCGGCGAGAAUGGCGCGGCCACCAAGGUGCAGAAGGUGUACCGCAGCUACCGGACCCGCCGGAAGCUCGCCGACUCCGCCGUCGUCGUCGAGGAGCUCUGGUGGCAGGCGCUGGACUACGCGCGCCUGGAGCACAGCACCGUCUCCUUCUUCGACGAGCCCAAACCGGAGACCGCCGCCUCGCGCUGGAACCGCGUCAGCCUCAACGCAUCCAAGGUGGGCCAGGGUUUAUCCAGAGACGGCAAGGCCCUCAAGCUGGCUUUCCAGCACUGGAUCGAAGCGAUCGACCCGCGGCAUAGGUAUGGGCACAACCUGCACUUCUACUACGAUGAAUGGUGCAAAAGCCAAGCAGGCCAGCCAUUCUUCUACUGGCUUGAUAUCGGCGAGGGAAAGGAUCUGGACCUUCCUGAAUGUCCAAGAGCUUUGCUGAAGCAGCAAUGCAUUAGGUAUCUUGGUCCGCAAGAGCGUGAGCACUACGAAUACAUCAUUAGCGAGGGAAAGGUUAUCCACAAACAGUCUGGGGAACCACUUGAUACAAGGCGUCCUAAGGGGACUAAAUGGAUAUUUGUUAUGAGUACAGCAAAAAAGCUUUAUGCUGGCAAGAAACAGAGAGGCGUGUUCCAGCACUCCAGCUUUCUGGCAGGAGGUGCAACUAUAGCUGCUGGGAGAUUCACUGCAGAAAGUGGAGUGAUCAAGUCCAUCUGGGCGUACAGCGGCCACUACAAACCUAGCGCAGAGAACCUCCACAACUUCAUGAACUUCCUCGAAGAGAACGGAGUGGACCUCAAAGAAGUCGAGGUACGCUCAUCUACCAAAGAAGACUACAACGAGGACCCAGUGCCAGUGCCGGUACUUAACGACACACGGAGUUCCACUUCAGCUACCAUGGAAGAGGCAGACCUUCCACAGGCGGCGGUUCCCGUCCCCGCUCUAAACAGCACAGAGGGCGACGAAGGAGACAGCCCUCCGGAAGACGAAGGACGAGGCAGGGCGAGGUACCAGAGGACCUUGUCAGGCGGGCUGCAGAGCCCCAGAGCCACCCAAGUGCCCCAGAGGGCGAUCCUCGAGAGGAUGAAGUCCAAGGGCGAGUUGUCCAAGUCGUACCAGCUCGGGCACAGGCUGUCCCUCAAAUGGAGCACCGGGGCUGGCCCGAGGAUCGGGUGCGUCAAGGACUACCCGAUGGAGCUCCGGAUGCAGGCGCUGGAGAUGGUGGACCUUUCGCCCAGAGGGUUGUCGUCGACUCCGUCGCCGUCGAGGAGACUGCCUCCUCCGUGCUUUUCCCCCACUAAAGUCGCCUCGCCGACGUCUCCGCUCGCGCCAGUUCAGGCGUCCCUGCCGCAGCCAAGCUAGGAGCUCGAGAGUAGCAGCAUUAUGCAUGGCCACGCGCAAAUAGCACAAGACCGGUUCCAUUCGAGAGUAGCAGCACAACUCAAUGUUGUCCAAGUGAAACAGGGUGUGGGCAGAAUCUGUCACGUUUCAGACACCGGUAGCUUUGAAGCAGAUAUGUGCUAGUGUAGUGUUUUUUUUUACUACCAUGGUUGAGGAACCUGCUUUGUACUGUAUCAUCUGCAAACGGAAUAAUGGGCAAAGCAUUACA